AUGUAUAUAAAUACUUCGCACACUCCAGACAAAAAAAAUUCUUAUCUUACUAAAUUUAAUAAGAAGAGAAUUCAAACAACAGACAAAGAAAACAAAAUUCAAAAUCUGAGCAAUCUAAGCAAUCUAAGCACAAAUGAUGAUUGCAAAUCCUAUUGCGAUAAUGUUGAUUAUUAUCGGCAUGAAAAUCAGGAACUUAAGAAACUAGUAUUUUAAUUGAAAUUCGAAAUGUAAAGUGUUUACAAAUUUUAUAGGAAAUCUCAAUUGGAAUCUUGUUUGAUUGAGUAAAAACAUAACUUAAAAUCUGUUGUUUAAAAAUAUUAAUCAUUUAUUGAUGAGAUGAUGACACAGAAAAAUCAAGUUAGUGCAGAAUGUGAUGAUUGGAAGCAGAAAUGCGAAUAACAAUAAUAAAUAAUUGAAUAAUAGAGAUUAUAAAUUUAUAAUCAAUCUUACAUUAUACAAUAGAAUUUAUUGACAAUACAAAAUAUUUAACAAGAAUUUCAAUAGGAAUCAAUACAGAACCAAAUGGAAGUUCAAUAAAUUAUGAAUUUAAAAGAUUAAACAAUUGAUGAAUUGCACUAAAUUAUUUAACAUCAUCAAUAAUAAUAAUAAUGA